AUGCAAGCCAACAAGAUGAAGGUCCUGUUUUUGACUUUGGUCCUUGGUCUGGUCUGUUCUUCCCAGGAGAUUCCAGCUGAGCCACACCACUCAGAGAUUUCAGGAGAAUGGAGAAUUCAUUACAUCGCCUCCAGCAACACAGAAAAGACCGGUGAGAAUGGGCCAUUCAACGUUUAUCUUCGCAGCAUCAAAUUUGACGACAUAGGGGACUCCCUUGUCUUCCACUUCUUUGUCAAGAACAACGGGGAAUGUAUAGAGUCAUCUGUUAGUGGAAGAAGGAUUGCAAACAACGUUUAUGUGGCUGAAUAUGCGGGUGCCAAUGAAUUCCACUUUAUUCUGGUGUCUGACGAUGGUCUGAUAGUAAAUACUGAAAACGUGGAUGAAACAGGCAACAGAACCAGACUCAUUGGGCUCUUGGGCAAAGAAGAUGAUGUUGACGAUCAUGAUCUGGAGAGGUUCCUUGAGGAGGUUAGAAAAUUGGGGAUUCCAGAGGAAAAUAUUGUGGAUUUCACCAAGGGUGACGGCUGUCAGGCUCAGUGA